AUGUCAGCCUCUCCGGAAACGUCGCCUUUUGACCAAAAUCUUUCAGAGUUAUCAGAUAAUGAGCAUUCAACACCUUCUGUACCUCGCAUCAAACUCAAAAUACGUUUGAAUCCUAUACCUUCUCCAUCCGACUUUGACCAGGAUGAAAAUACUACAAGGAAACACAAAAGGAAAAAGAAACGAUCUCACAAGAAACAUAAACACAAGCACUCUGAAGGGGAAAAUCAACAACAUGACAAAUAUGCCGAAUAUCAACAUAUGCCAGUAGGUGGAAAACGACCUUUUGCUAUGCUUCAACAACAACAAUCAUAUACACAAGGUGAUGAUAACAUGGAUGAAGACGAAGUAGAUGAAUUGGAUACUUAUCAUCCUACCGAUGUCACAACAGCAGCCAAGAAAAGCAAAUCUAAUCGAACCAGCAGUAAACCAGCAUCAACAAAGUCGUCAAAAACAGCAAAGUCAAAAACCAAGUCAAAAACAGGGAAACGAUCAACAAAGGAUACAAAGACAGUAAAACCAUCAAAGAAACGUGGUCGACCUACCAAGAAAGCACAAGCAAGAGCAGCAUCUUUAUCUUCAAAUGCACCAGCUUUAUCAACACAACAACAGCAUCAUUAUCAUGGUACUCAGACAGGCAGCAAGGAUCAUAAAAAGGAUUUGAAAUCCACUUGCUUGAAAUUAUGGGAAACUUUAUCAAAGCGCGAUGCUUAUGGAUUCUUUCUGGAACCUGUCAACACCAAAAUUGUUCGAGAUUAUCUCUCUGUGAUCAAACGACCUAUGGAUUUCUCAACACUGCGACAAAAGAUAGAAAACGACAAAUAUAAGACUAUGGAUGAUUUUCGAAAGGAUUUCUUACUGAUUGUUCAGAAUGCCAAAUUAUAUAAUGCACCAGAUACGAUAUAUUGGAAAAGUGCAGAUAAAUUGGAAAACUAUGGUGUCAAGGCUAUUGAACGUGCAGAAAAACUUAUACAUGAACCAUCCACAACCCCACAUCAAGCAUCUGGGUCUUUCUCGACUUAUUUGGGUAAUCGACAAUAUUCUUGGCAACAGGAACAAAAGGCUGUAGCGUCGCGAAAGGAAUCUACUGCUAUCAAGGAAGAAGAGGUGGAUAUCUUGGGAUUGGAUGGACCAGCAAGAAAAGCAAGUCGUGUUGAUUCAGAAAGGACGACAAGGGAACCUAGUUUGGAUACACAAUCAAGAGCAGCGACACCUUUACGACAACAACAACAACAACAAGCAAAAAAGAAAAAGAAGAAGAAGAUGACUGAUUCUGGUGUGAUUUAUGGUCCUGAUGGAUCUAUUCAUGCUAUUGGCGGAGUUUAUGAUCUUCGUUCCUUGGUACCUUCAAAACAUGCAUUCUCUGAUCCACCUUACCUCACAACAGUUAAUCCACAAGCAUUACCUUCAGCAUUCUAUCAACCAAACCGAUCUAUUCAUGAUGAUUGGGCCAGCCAUAAGCAUUUUAUUCAACCUGCCGUAUUUUGUGAUUAUGGACCAUUUCCCUUUACAACAUUGGGCAACAGUACACCAGCGAUGUUUUAUCGACCUCAAGAUGCUCAGUAUGUAUAUCCGUUAUAUGGUGAUGAUGGAGGUGAAGCGUAUUUGAAAAGUGUAUGGCAAUUCAUGGGUGAUCUUGGACUUGAUGACAAAGCGACACUUAUCUCUCGUCAUAUUACACUUGGUGGUUGGGAUGUGAUGACAAGUGUGAUCAACAAUAUGGACAAGGUGAUGAUGGAUGAUGAUAUUGAUGUGGAUGGUAAUCAUGAUGAUGAAUCAAUAUUAGUGACGACUGAAUUUGGUGAUGUGGAUGUUGGAUCUCUUUUAAAAGAAUUGAAACAAAAUGAUGACAAGAAUAAUCAAACAAGUCAUAUCAAGGCAUCUUCUGAAUCAGCAACAACAACACCUAUGAAUUCAUCUACUACUCUUACUUCUUCAACAGUACCACAAGAAACGACUCCUCAACCAACUACAACUAUGAGUACUUCAUCAACUCAAUGAUUGUUUUUAAUUUCUUUAUUGAUUUCCCUUACUUGUAGAUAGAUUAUUUCUUAUUCUUAUUAUUUUAUGUUUGUAUAUACCAAUUGGGAAAGAUAGAAAUAAAAACCUUUUUUUUUUUUUUUUU